AUGUUUACCCAGCCUUUUUCGUCACCGCCUCCCGGGCCCCAGACGGCCAACCCAGUGUCGCCUUCUCGGCCAAGUCGACUCCGGGGCUUGAGUUACCUGCGCAACUACACUCACAGCCAUCUUCUUUCGCGGGAUUCUCACCACGCUUCCUCCAACACCAACACCAACACAAACACAAACACAAACACCAACAGCAACGCCAACGCCGCCAGCGCAUCGCCUCGCAGUCAGGCUCAGUCCGGCCACCUCACCCGCUCCGUCAGCUGCACAGCGUCCUCGACUCUGUCGUCCACGCCGCAAAACCCCAACCGUCUCACGCUCGUCAGUUCCUCGCCAGAUGCCCCCCCCGGUCGGUCGCCCCAGGUGACUGGCCCCAGCACCGGCACUGCAUCCCGAGCUGUCUCUCGUAGCCCUCCGCCGACCAUCCACGAGGUGGCUUCUUCCGUGGAACAGCCCCCCGGCCAGAGCGGCUUACCAGAGUCUGCAACCCAGCCAAACAUGGCCAUGAGCCGGCCUCGAGCUGCGAGCGGUGGUGGUGCCGCGACCGCUGCUGCUCUAGCUCCAGCUAGUGCUGCCGCCACCGCAACAGCGAACAACGGCAAUCCCGACACCGUCCCUUCCAUACGCUUUUCCGCCUACUACGAUCCUCGAUCCACCAGACCGUCGCUAUCCUUUCCACCGAUCAGCAGGACGCUGGCGAAUGGCGCAGAAAUCAUUCGCGUGGGCCGUUACUCGGAACGAGAUGGCCAGGCUGCCAACAUGAACGGCAACCAGCCAUCCGCCGCGCCCGUAGGGUUCAAGAGCAAAGUCGUGAGCAGAAGGCAUUGCGAAUUCUGGUGCGAAGAUGGCAAAUGGUACAUCAAGGAUGUCAAGAGCUCAUCUGGGACGUUUCUGAACCACAUUAGACUCAGCCCCCCGUCCCAGGAAAGCAAAGCAUACCCUGUGAAUGACGGCGAUAUUGUACAGCUCGGUAUUGAUUUCAAGGGAGGGGAGGAGAUGAUUUUUCGCUGUGUCAAGAUGAGGUUGGAGCUGAACCGGGGCUGGCAGAACAAACUGAACAGCUUCAACGUGGCUGCCCACAAGCGACUUCGCACCAUGGCGACCAACAAUGCUGCUGGCGGCGCCGCCAGUUCCAGCUCAUCUCAAGACUGUUCCAUCUGCCUCAACUCCAUAGCUCCGUGCCAGUCCCUUUUCGUCGCGCCAUGCUCGCAUACUUGGCAUUUUAAGUGCGUACGGUCACUGCUGACAUCGCCGCAAUAUCCCAUCUUUGUAUGCCCAAACUGUCGUGCGGGUGCCGACCUCGAGGCGGAUGUGGAGGAACCCGGAGAAGAAUGGGAGCAGUUGGACGAAGACGGCAUGGACACGGACAAGGCGGAACCGGAAAACAAGCCCGAGUCGGAAGGCGUCGCCUCUGAAGCCCUGGAAACCGCCAGUCCAGAUCCCGACGCCAUGGACGUAACAGUAAGCGUCAACACGACGGAGAGCCACGAGUCCCGACCACCGGCGGAUUUCUUGCCUCAUGCUGUGUCGGAGCCGUUGCCGAUCAGGAAUGCGGCAUCGGGUUCCGGUCGUAUCGGCCAUCUGCGCGACAAUCGAUCACCGUCGCCGUCGUCUAGCGGAGCCGAAGGCCCCAUCACGCCGAGAAACAAUGCCGGGCCGUGGGUGUUUGACGGCAGUGCGGGUAGCCGCGCGGUGGACAGCAGUUCCGAAAUGCGAAGCUUGGAUGCUGCAGCGGAAGCAGACGCGAACGGGGCAAGUCAAGGCCACUGA